AUGGUUUCGGCGUGGUUUCUAACAAAGGUCUUUGUGGCUUUUGCGCCACUUACGACGAUUGUGUACGCACAGUACAACGUCACCACACCUCAAUUGCCUCUGUUGCUGGACGCUACCGCAGAUGACUUGACUGCUGGACUUGAGGCUGGAGACUUUACAAGUUUGGAUUUAGUCCAGGCUUAUGUGGGACGCAUCAUCGAAGUCAACAAGACUCUGCAUGCAGUAUUGGAGAUCAACCCAGAUGCCUGGACGAUUGCGAAAGAGUUGGACGAGGAGCGAGCAUGUGGAAAGCUUCGUGGCCCUCUCCAUGGACUCCCGAUUCUCAUCAAGGACAACAUCGCGACCGCUGACGAAAUGAACAACACUGCUGGAUCUUGGUCACUAAUGGGUGCCAAAGUCCCACGUGAUGCGACGGUCGCUGCAAAACUGAGAGAAGCUGGUGCUAUCAUCCUCGGCAAGGCCAAUCUUUCGCAAUGGGCUAACUAUCGAUCUUCGAACUCUUCGAACGGAUGGACUGCUCGAGGUGGUCAAACGUAUGGCGCGUACUACCCUGGUCAAGACCCAAGUGGCAGCAGUAGUGGCAGCGGUGUUGCUGCUAGUCUUGGUCUCGCCUUUGGAACACUCGGCUCAGAGACCGAUGGGUCCAUCAUCUCGCCCAGCCAGCUUAACAACGUUGUCGGCAUCAAGCCUACUGUCGGACUUACAAGCAGAGCACUUGUCAUCCCGAUCUCUGAGCACCAAGACACCGUUGGGCCAAUGGCCCGCACCGUCAAAGAUGCAGCCUACAUUCUCCAAGCCAUCUCUGGACCUGACAGUUACGACAACUACACGUCUGCAAUUCCCUGGGCAAGCAACGCAACUAAUGCCACCAAGCCCGACUACGUUGCUGCAUGCACUCUGGAUGCGUUGGAAGGAAAGCGAAUCGGGAUACCGCGUAACGCCAUCGGCACGCCCAGUCCCCAAUCCGCGCCCAUCUAUGCUGCCUUCACAGCUGCUCUCGACGUCCUCCGCUCCGCCGGCGCAGUCGUUGUCGACAACACCAACUACACCGCCUGGGACCAGUAUCUCGAAUCCAACGCCGAAGGCAUCGUUCUCGACGGCGACUUCGUCCCCAACCUAGCGCACUACCUUGAGCAACUCACAUACAACCCCAACGACGUCCACAGCCUAGAAGAUGUCCGAAACUUCACUCAAAAUUUCCCCGCCGAAGACUACCCCGACAGAGACACAGCCGACUUCGACAGCUCCAUCGCGCAAUCCCAAAACUUCUCAAACACCGACAUAGAGUUCUGGGAAGCCUACCAAGAAGACCUCUACCUCGGUGGCGAAGGCGGUCUCCUCGGCGCACUAUCUACAUAUGACCUUGACGCCGUCGUUGUUCCUUCGCGCUCUGCGUCUGGUAUCUCUGCUAUCAUCGGCGGUCCUAUUGUGACUGUUCCGCUUGGUGCGCUGCCGCCGAACACAACGGUUGUCACGAACUCACGCGGUGACUUGAAUGCUACGGCACCGAAUAUUCCAUUCGGUAUCUCUUUUGUGGGUGCGCUGUGGAGUGAAGAGAGUUUGAUUGGGUUUGCGUAUGCGUUUGAGCAGAGGACUAUGGUUAGGACGAAGGUUGUGCCGUAUAUUCAGCCUAGUAUUGAGAUUGAGAAUGUGGUUGGUAGUUACUAG